CUCUCAAUCUCCAGAAGACACUCUGGGUUAUAUCUGGACCAUCGACAGAGUGUCUCCUAUUGUCCAUUUUUACACCUCUCCUUCCACCACCGUCCACUGCUCAUCCAUCCACGUUAAUGUCCGCCGUACAUACCCCAACCACGGAUUCGGAAUCCUACGAGGGUUAUCGCAAGAUGGAGAUUGUCUAUUUUAGCAACGACUUUCCGAAAGAUGAAUUGGGUGACAUUUUUCGCCGCCUGCACAACCAUAGCAAGGACAAGCAUUUCCCUAUCUUGGCCCAAUUCAUACGUGAGGCCACCUGGGCUAUUAAGGACGAAGUUCGCCAACUACCAACUGAGCUGAAACAACUGAUUCCGCCAUUCAAUACUAUAUUGGCUUGGGCGGAAAACAGCCAGCUUCGGGAAGGCCUAAUCUGCGGGGCUGUGGAUGGGGUGUUGCUCAUCGUUGUUCAGCUAGCAACUUACAUUGGAUAUGUCGAGAGUCGCUCUGGAGAUUUGUUUGAUUUUUCAACUACAUCUCUUGCUGGCCUAGGCACUGGCCUACUAGCAUCGAGUGCCGUCUCAUUGUCGAAAACAUUGGCCGACUUACCACUGGCAGGCGCAGAUGCGGUCCGUCUCGCCUUCCGCUUGGGCAUUCAUGUCCUAGAUAUCUCGGAAAACCUGGAAGCUCGCGAUUUAUCAGAAAGCCCAGAUUCGUGGGCGUACGUGGUUCACAAUGUUGACCCAGCUGCGGCUUAUCAGGAGCUCGAUGACAUGCAUUCCCGAAUGAAGACUCCUAAUACUGGCAAAAUAUUUAUCAGCGCCGUCAGCCGGACUUCAGUCACAGUUAGCGGACCACCAUCGAGGUUAAAAGCGUUGUUUAAUAAGUCAGAGUUCUUCCGCGAGUCGAAGGUCGUUGCACUGCCAGUGUACGGCGGUCUCUGCCACGCGCCGCAUAUCUUCGGUCUAGACCAUGUACAUAGUAUCGUUCACGGCUGUUCAUUAAACGCUGCUAUCACAAAUUCUUCGCCAGUUAUUCCAGUUUUAUCGACCGGCAGCGGUUUGCCAUAUCUGGCCAAGAGUGCUGUGGGGAUGUUUGAAUGCGUUGUCUCAGAACUACUCACGCAAACAAUCUAUUGGGAUAAUGUUGUCAGUGGCAUAGUUGAACGAGCCAAGUCUAACGUUACCGCGGAAGCAGUGCUUCACUGCUUCGGCAACUCCACUCCCCUUAACGACCUUAAUAUGACCCUGAAGAGCAAUGUUCCAGAUCUCGACGUCUCGAUCAACAGUCUCAUGUCAUGGAUCUCUCAGGUUUCACCAAGAGAUACUACACCCCACGGCACUGCACAGUCUAAGCUGGCCAUUGUCGGUAUGGCCUGCAGAUUUCCAGGAGGUGCGACAAAUACCGAGAAGUUUUGGGAGAUCCUAGAGAAAGGCCUUGACGUCUCACGUCGAAUUCCAGCUGACCGCUUCGACAUCGACACACACUACGACCCAACCGGUAAGCAGCAGAAUAAGACCAUGACACAGUAUGGCUGCUUUAUUGAUGAGCCUGGUUUGUUUGACGCGCCUUUCUUCAACAUGUCUCCUCGUGAAUCUCAGGCCGUCGAUCCGCAGAUGCGUUUGGCUCUUGUCACGGCAUACGAGGCACUGGAGCGAGCUGGGUACGUCGGUAAUCGCACAGCUGCCACACAGUUGCAACGCAUUGGAACAUAUUAUGGACAAGCUGCCGAUGACUACCGUGAGGUCAACCAAGGCCAAGAUGUAGGCACAUACUAUAUUCCAGGCGGUUGCCGUGCUUUCGGCCCUGGUCGUAUCAAUUAUUUUUUUAAAUUUGCGGGUCCAAGCUACAGCAUUGAUACUGCUUGCUCUUCCGGACUUGCAGCGAUCGAGGUAGCUUGUCAGGCUCUUUGGAACGGCGAUGUAGAUAUGGCUGUCACCGGCGGUGUUAAUGUGCUGACUAACCCGGAUGUUUUCAGUGGCCUUUGCAAGAGCCAUUUCCUAACUAAAGGUCACAACGCAUGCAAGACUUGGGAUUCUACCGCUGAUGGGUACUGCCGUGCGGAUGGUGUUGGGUCUGUUGUUAUUAAAAAACUCGAAGAUGCUGAAGCAGACAACGACAACAUCUUGGGCGUCAUUCUCGGUGCGGGAACCAACCAUUCUGCCGAGGCCGUCUCUAUCACCCACCCCCACGCUGGCCAUCAGGCGUAUCUGUCCCGCCAGGUGCUUCGCCAGGCCGGUGUGGACCCAUUGGAUGUGUCAUAUAUUGAGCUCCAUGGCACCGGUACCCAAGCUGGUGACCACGAGGAGAUGAAGGGCAUAAUGGAAGUGUAUGCUCCGCUCAUCAAGCGACGUAGGAAGGAUCAGCCCCUUCACAUUGGUGCUGUAAAAGCAAAUGUUGGCCAUGGUGAAUCUGUUGCGGGCACAACGGCAUUGAUCAAGGUGCUUAUCAUGCUCCAAAAAAAAUCCAUCCCGCCACAUAUCGGAAUCAAAACGGAGAUCAACCCCAGAUUCCCCCAAGACUUCGACAAACGCAACCUCCAUAUCGACUUGGAAAUGACCCCUUGGCCGCAAACAUCGUCUAAGAAGCGACUUGCAGUUGUUAAUAACUUUGGUGCCGCUGGCGGGAACACUACUAUGGUUUUAGAGGAGGCACCAACUCGUGACAUAUCCGAGGCCGAUCCACGCAACACUCAUAUUAUCGCCAUCUCCGCCAAGACUAAAGGGUCAUUAACAGGAAAUAUUGAGCGCCUGAUUGCCCACCUUAAUGCCAAUCCAGAUAUCAACCUUGCCGACCUUUCCUACACAACGACUGCACGUCGCUCUCAUCACAGCCAUCGUGUAGCAAUUGCCACUUCUGAUAUGGGCCACCUAAAGAAGCAGCUUGCUUCCCGCCUAGGGAAUAUCGAUUCAAAGAAGCCUAUUGGAAAUUCUGGUAAUCCACCAGUAGCUUUCGCCUUUACUGGCCAGGGCUCUUCUUAUAAAUCGAUGAACCUUCAGUUGUACCGUGAUGUACCAACAUUCAGAGAGCAUAUUCAGCAUCUUGAUUCUCUCACUCGACGCCAAGGCUUUCCAUCUAUUGUUCCCGCUCUAGAUGGCUCGCAUCCCAAAGACCACUUGCACUCUCCAGUAGUUACUCAGCUUGCCCUGGUAUGCACCGAGAUUGCUUUGGCAAAAUACUGGGUUUCUCUUGGAAUCAAGCCAGACGUCGUCAUGGGUCAUAGUCUGGGCGAAUAUGCUGCGAUGCACACAGCUGGCGUAGUUACUGCAAGCGACGCCAUAUUCAUGGUUGGGCGUCGUGCUCAGAUGCUGGAAGAAAAGUGCAAGAUUAACAGUCAUAGUAUGAUGGCGGUCCGGGCCUCUCUUCAGCAAAUAGAGGGAUGCUUAGGAAGCAAGCCGUAUACGAUUGCUUGUGUCAAUGGACCUUCAGAUACUGUCCUCAGCGGUCCUAAGGAGAGGAUGGCUGACGUCGCUGUGUUACUCGAGACGUCCGGUUACCGUUGCUUCAAGUUGGAUGUCGCGUUUGCUUUUCACUCAGAGCAGACCGAUCCUAUUUUGGAUGAGUUUGAGGCAAUUUCAAAGACUGGCGUUGUCUUUCAGGAACCGAAACUUCCUGUCAUCUCGCCAUUGCUCGGGAAGGUUAUUUUUGACAGCAAGACGCUGAACGCAAACUACGUUCGCCGGGCCACCAGGGAGCCUGUCGACUUCUUGUCUGCUUUGAAAAAUGCCCAAAAGAUUUCUACUAUAAGCGAUGAAACCGUCUGGAUCGAAAUUGGACCACAUCCCGUCUGUACUAACUUCGUCAAAACCAUCAUCCCGUCCACGAAGCUUGCCAUCCCAUCGAUCCGCCGCGGGGACGACAACUGGAAAACCAUGGCUGAGAGCAUGGCUGCUCUGCAUCUUGCUGGGUUUGGGGUCAGUUGGAACGAAUUCCACCGCCCAUUUGAGCAGAGGCUACGCCUUUUGGAUUUGCCAACAUACGCCUGGAAUGACAAGAACUACUGGGUGCAGUACAAUGGUGACUGGUGUCUGACCAAGGGCAAUACAUUUUACGAUGCUGAGAAGGAGGCUGCCAGAGUAAAAUCUAUACCACGAUCGCUGCCUGCGAGCGGGUUUCAGACGACGACCGUGCAGCAGAUCAUCGACGAGACGUUUACCGAUUUCGCUGGCACAGUGGUAAUGGAGUCUGAUCUUAUGCAAGCAGAUUUGCUUUCCGCUGCUCAUGGACACAGUAUGAACAAUUGCGGUGUUGUUACAUCCUCCAUCCACGGUGACCUCGCCUACACCCUCGGCGACUACAUAUACCGCAAGUUCUAUCCCAAAGCCAAGGAAGUCAACGUGAAUUUUGCCAACUUAGUUGUCACGAAGGGCCUUGUCGCUCAAACCAGCAACACGACUCCCCAAUUGUUCCGGGUAACUGCUGUCACUGCCGACGUCCGCUCAGGAGUGGUCGACUUGACGUGGCAGACUGUUGACAACGAUGGCUAUGCCCACGAGCCAUUUGCAACCGCCAACAUAAUCUACGGGGAUGCUUCUGAGUGGAUUUCAUCUUGGGCCUCAUUGGGUCACCUCAUCCACGGCCGCAUCGAAGCGCUUGAGCGCCUAGCUACAGAGGGAAAAGCCAACCGUUUCUCGCGCAAAAUGGCAUACACCAUCUUUGCCAGUAACCUAGUCGACUACGCUGAGAAGUACCGCGGCAUGCAAUCUGUGGUGAUGCAUGAGCUAGAAGGGUUUGCUGACGUGCAAUUAACCACAAAGGAGAGUGGAGUCUGGACAGUUCCACCAUACUUUAUCGACAGUGUGGUUCACUUGGCUGGCUUUAUUAUGAACUGCUCCGAUGCUAUUGAUACAAAGAACAACUACUGUGUUACUCCUGGUUGGAACUCGAUGCGAUUCGCGAAGCCUCUGAUUCCAGGAGCCAAGUAUCGGUCAUAUGUCAAGAUGAUUCCUACAGUCGAGGACCCGACUAUUUACAAUGGCGAUGUGUACAUCAUGCAAGACGAUGCCAUCAUGGGUGUGGUCGGUGGCAUACAGUUCCGCAGAUAUCCGCGCAUCCUUCUUAGCCACUUUUUCUCGCCGCCAGGCAAGAUGGCCGCCUUCGACGUCAAGCAAAAGGGACAGGCCGCUGCACCCAAAACUACAGUCCCAGCACAAGAUGCAACAAAAAUCGUUGCAAAAGAGUCAAGCCUAAUACUCUCCCACAGGGCGUCCGGACUUGGCAGUGACGGCAAGCAUGGCAACCCUGUUCCUACCAGCCCUGCUACUCUUGCAGCGCCUACCCCGGAUGCCACGGCACCAUCUAUCGUUGAAUCCGCGGCCACUUUUGGUACUACAACUGCAAAAGCAAUCACACUCAUUGCUAACGAGGCAGGCCUAGAACCUUCCGACAUGAUAGAUGACGCCCUUUUCGUUAAUUUGGGAAUUGACAGCUUGAUGUCUCUAGUUAUCGCAGAAAAGCUCAGGUCCGAGCUAAAUGUCAAGGUCAGCGGCAGUCUUUUCUUGGACUAUGAGACUAUUGGUGAUUUGCGGCAGUGGUUGGAUGAGUAUUAUAGCUAGAAUGGAGAGAAUGGCUACGGAGAAGAUGGGAUAACGACGCAU